CGGUCGCCAUAGCGUCUAAUGAGGACUCAGUGACUCCUUACACUGUAUGGCAUUGCAAACAAAACCAGACCUCGGCUCGGCUUUGGCACCAUGCAGUCGCGACUGCCGAGCGAGAACGCGACCACGAGACCUAAAGAUAACGGGACUCGAGGCCCAAUGUUGUGGAGAAUAAGAGGGACGACUUUCAAAUUGUAAACGACUCGCGCGUGUUUUGCCCAUGGGCCACCUACAGAAAGCUGGGCCUGGAGGCUGAGGGUUGCUGGCCUCUUGUUUCGCACCGUCGAUCGUCGAUGGUCACAGUUUUACAUCACUAGAGUUUGGAGACCACCUUGGCUUUGGAUUCCCUGUGGGAGAUUAUGGACGGAAGCGAGAGCUUCGGGUUCGUCCUACGAUUUACAGCUCGGGAUUCCAUGUGUUUCUCGUGAUCCGCCGACGGCACGAGCGCGAGGAUAUCGGAUCUUCAUCGACAAGCCAUCUUUUAGUUUUGGUGGUAUGUUGUGCUUUGAGUUCCGCUGGUGAGGCUUGAAAUUCGCUCCAAUUUCUCGAUCAUCGGUGGCAGAGGAGGAGGACGAGGCUCUCGGGAUGGAGGAAGAAGAGAAGAAGGAGGAGAAUGAAGGUGCGGAUCUACCGUUGAGGAAUUUCCCUCAUUGGAGUGCAGCAAGACGGAAAUUUGCUCCUGACUGUUGUUUCUUCUCUGCCGGUAACCUCGAGCGCGAGCUGCAAGCCAAACAGGUGUCUUUGAGCAUAACAGACGAAGAGAUAGCGGCCAUCAGUCGUCUCGAGGAAGAAGAGACACUGCAAGUUCGGUGUCCUAUUUCUGGCUGUGGGGCAACUUUGAGUUCACUGUCAGACUUCGAAUCACAUUAUAGUUCUGCGCACAGAGCAACUUGCUCUGUUUGUUUCAAUGUUUACCCGACCACGAGGCUCCUGAACAUCCACAUUUCCGAAUGCCACGACUCCUUCUUUAAAGCGAAGGUUGCACGCAACUAUCCAAUGUACGAAUGCUUGGUCGAGGGCUGCCCAGGCCGCUUUCAGACGGACGGUCGUAGACUACAGCAUCUGGUGGACUCACACCGCUUUCCAAAAACUUUUCGUUUCCACUCAAAAAAACAUUUUUCACAAAAGCAUCGACGGCGACAGAAACAACACGCAUACAAGCAACCACAAUCAUCUGCAACACCAAAGAAAUCAGGAAGCUCGAAGGCAGUACAGAAAAACAGCACACUGUGCAUGGCAAUUUGUGAAGAGCAUGUUCCGGUUAAGUCACUCCACGGUGGUACUGAACACUCCGAACCGAGUGCAGACAUGGAUGUAGACAGUUUGACCAAAGCUGUUUCGAGGCUAAGUACCUCCAGUUUUGAAAGCAAAACUCCAGCAGUAGUGAGUUUUGGCCGUAGACGAAGCCGCGCUUGUAGCUUACCAUCUAAACCCGCUCCGAAGGACUCGGGUCCAAAAUAAGGCCAAGCGUAUUGAGCAGAUUGAUUGUUUGCAUAUGCAUCGAAGGCAAGAAUUUGGGUGUACAAACAAUAUUUGCAGAUGAUGAACUAGACUAUGAUGAUUAGCUGUAGACGGAAAAACUCUGGUGGUGAGCAGACCAAAUCUUCCUCUUUAGAAACUGGUCUGCAUCCGAAAGCAUAGGUCCUUUUUUCAUGGAGAUGUUCAGUAGGGCUCUCGUAUACUUUUGCACAGUAAGGGCGAAUCUGACUUAGAUAUCAAAACGUUUAUAACGGAUAGGAAUGAUUAGAAGUUCAUGGGCAUGAAUGUACACAGGUCUAUGGAAAC